GGGAUUGGAAGAGGCUGCGGAGGCGUCGGAAGUCACGUGAGGUGUCUGCCUGUGGCGGGAGUAGAGAGAUGGGGGGAUAUAGGAAUGGACAUACAGCCACGGGUUCUAUUGGAAUACAGAAUGAGGGGCAAAAAGACCAGAUUUUUUAGUCAAGUGUUUUUUUCUUUUUUUAGUGAACAGUUUUGGCACAUGUGCGGUAUUAGUUUAUUGUUUUGCUUGCUUUAACUCGAGUUAUUUUAUAAGCCGCCGCUUUCAGUCUGCACUGAGAAAAGUGGGCUGUAAAUGCUAUAAAUAGGCAAACGAUACCAACACCUUCAAAGAAAACACAUGCACACAAGACGAAUCAGGAUUUACUUUUUGCCUUAUCCCUCCCCCUUUUUUAUUCUCUUUUUUUAAUUAAACUGAAAAAAACCCCAACGAUAUACAAGUGCAGUCAAAUAUUCACAAACUCUUAACCCAUUAAAUUCCCCCUCCCCUCAGACAAAAACCUAUAAUAACAAUCAAUACCAUUAUCCUAGGAUCAGAUUCAGAUAGGCAAAGUUCAGGAAGUAGAGACAACAAUAUGAUCAACAUUAAAAAGCUGCAAAAUAAACUCCCUACAUACAUACCGACACGUUCAAAAGAGGCUCACUUAGAAGAAUGCAUGGGAUGCACAGGGUGAACUAGCUUCCCAGAAAAAGGAGGGGAAAGGAGGGAAACAAACAAACGAUCUCAUCUGACACAUUCUCUUCCUUUGCACGCGAGUUCCCCCCUCUCUUGGAUACUCAACGAAGAACCCGAAGCGCCUGUUUGUGAACUUGGUUGUUCCGCCCUCUUAGCGUCUCGCGUCGUCGCUGCUCUGUUGUCGUCGUCGGCCGGCACGUGACGGGGGGGGGGGAAGGAAAGAACGUUGGAAGAGAAAGCGGGAGCGCCGACGCCGUCUCUGACUGAGAGGAGAAGGAGAGUCAGUUGCGAGCUGCCUGCCUGCCUGCCUGCCUGCUGCCUUCCAUCUCUGGGCACGCCGCCUCUCCAUCCCACUCGCCCUGGCUGGGGAGCUGCGUGGGCGUUGGAGAGCGACGGAGGCGAGGAAUGGACUAGGGAAUGGAGACAGAGGACAAUCCUAUGGAACUCUCCAAUAACAUAGGGUCGGAAGAAGAUUCUAAUGAAGGAACAGAUGUGAAAGACAUGAGAUUAGAAGCAGAAGCUGUGGUGAAUGAUGUGCUCUUUGCUGUAAGAAACAUGUUUGUCUCUAAAAGCCUUCCAUGUACCGAGGAUGUGGCAUAUAUCAAUGUGGAAACCCGAGAAAGGAACAGAUACUGCCUGGAGCUCACAGAAGCAGGACUGAGGGUGGUUGGUUAUGCAUUUGACCAGGUGGAUGAUAGCAUACAAAAUUCCUACCAUGAGACUGUCUACUCUUUGUUGGACUCUGUUAGCCCAGCAUAUAGGGAAGCUUUUGGAAAUGCUCUGCUUCAAAGACUGGAAGCCUUGAAGAGUGAUGGACAGCCAUGAUCAAAUCUGCAAUCAGACAUGGGUUUUAGCAAAGAGUUGCUGCUGCUCAGAGUUCUAAAAAAGUUGUAGUAUGACCUGGUAGUAAAGAAAGUAAUUUCCAUUACUCAUAUUCUUUGCUUUCAGAAUUCCUUGCUUCAAGACUUGCAAUAGCACCAAUUUGUACACUGUAUAAUUAUUCCUAUUGUUCUAAGUCAACUUUCCAGUUGUUUAACAUAAGGUGGUUACAUAUACAGUUUCUGGUUUGGGCUAACUUUUCUUCAUAUUAUCUGGAAAAUGACUCAGUGUUGUAUAGUUUUUUUUUGUUUCUUUGUAAAGAGGUAUUAACCCAAAGCUUUCAUUUAAUAAUAGCGUAAGUCUGAUUCAAUUCUUACAGCAACUUAAUAUCUGUUUAAGAUUUGCACAAUAAUGUGUGACUGCAUUUAGAAACUCUAGCUUUCCUUUAUCAAAACCAACAAUUAGUUAUUUUCUGUAGCUAAAUUUCAUAACAUGAAGAAAAAGUAUUUUUCAGCUCAAUUUCUUGUGCUGUGUACUGGCCUAGAAAUUGUCAAGUUAUUCUCUAGAAAAAGAUUACUGUGUAUUUAAAUAUGUAAUUUAAGAUGUACUUAUUAUGAUCAUUCCAACAAACAUGUUAAGUCUAGAACUUCUUGGUGACUGAACAGAUAAAUGCAUUAUUUUAUGUGUCCCGCAGCAUUUUAGCAAGCUACAAAUACUAAACAAAGGAUGAAUUGUUGGCAUAAUGAAUGUAUUCAUCAACAGAAAUGCAAAUUAGAUAAGCACAGAGAUGAGGAAUUAAAAGGCUGCAUUCUUCACACAGAUCAUCCUGCAUUGCUUUGGUAAAGCAUGUAGUAUAAAUGUAUGCUAUUUAAAAUUGCUUUAUUGACAUGAUGCACAUUAUAUCUAAAAGGUAUUUUUGAUUCCUUAUUUUGUUAUACUACAGUAUUUCUGCAAUGCCUUUUUCCUCCAAUCACACUAACUGUACUGUAUCUUCUUGCCAAUGUACAAUGUUUAUAUGCACUGUAUCAGUUCAGCACCAAAGGCUAAAAUUGGUAUUGAACUGGAAUAAAAUGGGUGUCUUAAGUACAAAACUCUUUAGCUUGUAGUGCGGCUUUAACUUCUCAAUGUGUUGUGUUUGGGGUAGGGACUUGCUUUUAUUUUAUUUAUUUUUAAUUUAUAACCCACUCUCCCCAGAUAUCAGGCUCUUAGCAGGUAACAUCAUUUGUAAAAACAUUCAAUACAUAAUCACAAUAAAUUCCAUAAAACACAUAAUAAGUAGAUACAUCCUCCUGUAAAGCUGGAAGAUGGUGUAAAAUCUGAGGAGGGAUAAGGUAUAGCUGUUUGAUGAGAAGGAAAAGGGGAGGAGAGAGAAAGAGAAAGGGAGGAGGCCUAUCCAAGAUGGAAACUAUAUAGAGCCUGUUGCUGUCCUCAACUAUAUGUCCAGCAGCGCUCUUUUCUGCAAACCCUGUGGAACUGUAACAAGUCCCACAGGGCCCUGAUCUCUCCCAGAAGAGUGUUUCACCAGGUUGAAGCCAAGGCUGAAAAGCCCCUGGCUAUGGUUGAGGACAGACGGACACUCUUUGGGCUGGGGAUCACCAGCAGAUUUUAAUCACUAGAGCAUAAUAUUCUUUGGGGGGAGGGGGGAUAUACCAGGUCCCUUUCUGUUGAUUCUCAACAGAUUAAGUGAGCAAUGGUAUACUUUUGAUAGAUAAUGCUCAUGCUUUUAUUUCUAAAAUGAUGAACCUACAGAGGCUCGAAAUCCUUGAUACUUGUUGCACUUAUUAACUCUGCUCCAGUGAUGUUGUCCUACUCCAGCUGAGAAUCUGUCCCAUUGACUGAAGAACCUCUUAGCUUAGCUGAAACAUAGCUUUGUAUUAGUUAUGCUAUAAUUGUAAGACCUAUAGUAAAACCUUAUAUUUUGAAGCCAGUGAAUGUUUUCUUACAUCUUUAAAAGGUGAAAUGUUUCACACUUCCCUUUAUUCCUGUAGCUAACGUAUUUUUGUUAAAAGUUCAUUAUGUUCUAAUAAAAUUGGGCAGAUGCUGACUUGCAUAUGCAUUAGACCUCCAUGAGGAAAAUGUACUUUGCCCAGUUUGUUCUCAGCACUACCUUGUGAAUAAUGCAUCCAUGUUUGUAGAAAGUAUAGUUAAAUAAAGAAACAGAAACUGUUUAA